UGCUCUUGCCUCCUGGUCUCGCGCCCUCUCGCCACGCUCUCUUCGCCGCUAUGAGCCUCUUGCCCAGCCGCGCAGCCCGCGUCCCCGGCCCUUCAAGCUCGCUGUGCGCGCUGCUCGCGCUGCUGCUGCUGACGCCUCCCGGGCCCCUUGUCAGCGCUGGUCCUGUCGCGGCCGCAGUGAGAGAACUGCGUUGCAUGUGUUUAACCGUCACACCUGGGAUUCAUCCCAAAAUGAUCAGUAGUCUGCAAGUGUUCGCCGUGGGUCCCCAGUGCUCCAAGGUGGAAGUCGUAGCCACCUUGAAGAACAAGAAGGAAGUCUGUCUGGACCCAGAAGCCCCUUUGAUCAAGAAAUUCAUCCAGAAAACGUUGGACAGUGGAAACAAGAAAAAUUGAUUAAGAGAAAGGACCACGCAUUGAAAAACUUGCCCAGUUCUUCAGCAGAGCAGUUUUCUGGGGAUCUGUAGACUCUGGAGACAAGAAUCAAGGGCUGGUUUUCUCCAGUGAGUUAGGGUUCUUCAUGAAGACCCCACUUGGAGAGAGAGUUGGGAGGACCGACCUAUGUUUGUCUCUGCGGCUUUGUGCUCAGCUUUUGAAGUAUUUAGCAUAGUAUUUCUGUUAUUUAUUUGUUGCUAUUUUAUCUGCUACGUUGUUGAAGUCUUUGGCAAUUGACUAAAUUGUGAGUCAAGAAUCACUGGUUGUUAAUCUUUCAAGGUGACUUGUAUUUGAAGAAUGUAUUCCUCAGUGUUACCGAAAAGGCUGUGGAUUUAAUAUGCAAAUGAUAUUUCAUUAGAAUGCUGUAUAUGGAGAUAAACUGUUGUCUUCAUUCUUCUCAUGAGACAGGAAUUAUUUUAGUAUUGUUACCUGGGGAAUAUGUUAGAGAAUUUCCUUACUCUUGACCUUGGGAUACUAUUUAAGUUACAUUGUAUUAGAAACCUGGGCGUAUCAUAGAAUAUAGUGUAUGGCCUAUAUGUGUAGAAUGUAUUCCCUUCUUUAGAAUUUCUAAAUGUUGAAGUUCUAUAAGGACUAAUGUAUUCUUUUCAUAUAACUUUAGACAUUUGAUGUCUUCUUAGUAUGGCAUAAUGUCAUGAAUUACUCAUUAAACGUUGAUUUUACAUGGUAUUUAUUAACUAUUUUAUCAGGAGUACUAUAAUUCUAGUCACUAAAUAUAUGUUUUGGACAGAUGAAGAAGCUAGGAAAUAGGUAAAUUCCUUAUUUCUAGUUUUUAUAGAAAUGCAUUCUUUUAGUUUUUUAAGAAUAACAGCAAACUUAAAAAUGAUCUAUACUCUGAAAGUUUUGAAAACAUAUCCAGACUAUUUGAAUAUAAAUUCUUCAUUAGUUUUCAAAAAAGUACAUAGCAUUGCUAAUAUUUGUAGAUGCUUAUGGUGUAUCUUUCUAAAAUUUUGACCAUUUGUUAUAAAGAGUUAUAUAUGCAUCACAUUUACUAUGUUAAAAUUACACUUUUUAAUUGUGUGUCA